AUGCCUGUUAAUUUUUCGAACAGUGAAACGAAAAGGAUGAGGAUCGACUUACUUUUGUCUUACGUAAGAGUCUUCAACUUGGAUGCUGAGAAACAGAGGUUUAAUACGAGAUUGGAGAUCGAAAUGAUCUGGCGUGAUCCAAGGCUCGUUUGGGAUAAGACCGACUUUGGAGGCGUCGAUUCGAUUGUAACUACUGCGGAAAAGCUGUGGAUUCCUGACACGGUUGUGUCAAAUGCGAGAGUCUUGGACGAGGUGAGCGGGAUCGCUGCUCAAGGUGCUCAGAUCUACAGCAAUGGCUCAAUAUUUCUCACAACCGCCUACUAUUCCGAGACGGCUUGCUCAAUAAAUGCUAACAAGUUCCCAUUCGACAAGCAGAACUGCAGCUUACCGAUUCUCUCUCUUUCCAUGCAACCG